AUGUCUAAAAUAAUAGAAGAAGUCGUCUUGAUGGUGUCACCAGAGGCAUUCAAUCUCCUAAAGCUUACCCAUAGUCUGUUUAGGUAUCAGCUCCUCAACAACAUAGUAUCAUUCAGUCCUAGUCAGUACUCGAAACUUCGAUAUUGGAGCGGAAAAUACUGGAGAGUCGGAUCGAAAAAGGUUGUAUCCUCUGUAGAAUGCCAGAGUAGCCAGGCGCAAGACUUGCACUUGCCUCCAACAAAGUACCACUCAAAAGACGUAUCUUGUGAGAGGGUUAUAAAUUAUAAUCUAGGUCUAAGUUGGUUGGAAAAUAACAGGGAUAUUAGUUGUAACAGCCAAUUUCGAAAAAUGGAAGUAAGUUCCUCUGAAGGCUCAAAGGAAGGAGUCACAAACAAAUUAAAUUUACAAUGCAAUCAAAACAAAGAAGCUUUUAAUGAAGAAAUGUCUGAAGAACAAAGUAGAACCCUGAAAAUCACAGGUGUCUGGUCCAUUACAGAUAGAGAACAUCAAAAUUCCGAAGAUAUUUAUAUAAAUCUUGGAAAUAGCAGUGAGACAAAUUCUAGCUUUAGUGGAUUUAAUGAACCAGAUUAUCAAGACAAAAGUACUGAAACUAAUUCAAGCUUUAGUGGAUUUACUAAAUCAGGUUACGAGGUAAAAAGCACAGAGGAAAAAUCAUCAGACUCCCAAAAGUCACGCAAGAAAACACACCGUCUUGCUAUAAUGAGACCAACUAUGUCUAGUUUGAAAAGAGAGGAGUCAAGGAAAAUUGUAAGACCCAAAAAGAGUGGAUCCUUAGAUCCCAGUUUGGUAACGAGCACUGACAUAGGGAGAUUUGUGUGGGCCAAGAUUGCAGGUUACAGGUUUUGGCCAGGUGUGAUUAUCAGUCAUGAAGCCUGUGGAACUAAGCCUCCAUCACAUGAUAAAGUUUGGGUCUUCUGGUAUGGCGAUAACAGAGUGUCGGAAGUUGAUAUUGACAAAGUACGAGAUUUUGGAAAAAGUUUUUGCUCUGAAUUUAGUAAUAUUUCAUCCAGCAGUGUACUCACAUCUGCAGUUAUUGAAUGCCUCAAAGAAUGUCGCCACAGAGCAAAAUUGGAAACUCUCCCAUCAAGAAAAUCGCUUCUUCAAUGGGCAGAAACAUUUUUCUCAGAAUCAAGUGAUGCUUGGAUGAAGUUUUUACCCAAAGAAGAUACACCACUCACUGCCAGAACUGAACAGACAUUAAAACGAAUAAGGAAGACACAACUGAGGGAGUAUGCCUCAGGUUCAUCACAUAAUGGCUCCUUUUCUGCCUCAUCAUCUUCAUAUGAAAGUGAUCAUUCAUCUGAUCUUGAAGCAAUGAGAAAAUUAAGAGAAAAAGAGGCUCAUAGGUUUUCAGCAUCACUCAUAAGGGAAGUACAUUGUGGCACUCGUGACAUAGAAACCAUAUGCAUUGCCUGUGAUAAUGUAAAUGCUGUGGUUUCUUUACCUCAUCCAUAUUUCAAUGGUGGUGUUUGUGAACAGUGCAAGGAUGAUGUUGAGGAGAGUACAGUGGCAGUGGGUCCUGAUGGUGUAUGUACAUAUUGUGCAGUGUGUGGAAGUCCAGGAGAGAUAAUGCUGUGUGACUAUCCUAUGUGUAACAAAGUAUACUGCACAGGCUGUGUCGAGCUUUUAGUUAAUCCAAAUGCAGUGGCUCGGAUCUUAAAAACAGACCCAUGGCAUUGCUUCCUGUGUGAUCCAUAUGACCCUAGUACACAUGGGCUCAUUAAGCCUAGGCCUGACUGGAAAAACAAGGUUAGAUACAAAUUUGAGGAUGUUCCUCCAGAUAUAUCUUUCCCUAAGCGACCAAUAAGGGUUCUUUCUCUUUUUGAUGGAAUUGGGACAGGGUUAUAUGUCUUGGAGAAACUAGGCAUCGAAGUUGAGGUGUACUAUGCGUCAGAAAUUGACGAAGCUGCUCAAAAUGUAUCGGAAACUAACUUCGGCUCUCGCAUUACCUGGAUUGGGGACGUAACCACUUUUACUGACAAACAGAUCACUGAACUUUGCCCUAUUGAUUUAUUGAUUGGGGGAUCACCAUGCAAUGAUCUCAGCCACGUGAAUCCAAAUAGAAAAGGUCUUUUUGAUCCCUCUGGUACGGGAAUUCUAUUUUUUCAUUUUUUUCGAGCACAGAAGGUCAUAGAGGCAAAAAACUCUGGCACUCACCUGUUUUGGAUGUAUGAGAAUGUUUUGAACAUGCCCCGAGAAUUCAAGAAACAUAUUAGCUUAUUCUUACAGAGAGAGCCAGCAGUUAUAGAUGCCAAACACUUCUCAGCACAGAGUCGUCCAAGGUGUUUUUGGGGGAAUAUACCAGGCAUGUAUGACCCAAUACCUUCCCAUCUCCUAAAGAAGAAAUUCCACCUAAAUGAGUAUCUUAAUAAGAUUGGUAAUCGUGAAGCACUUGUUGACAAAAUCAACUGUAUAACAACUAACCCAGCUUCUCUGAAACUUGGAUCUAAUGUUGAGUGGCCUAUUCGUAUGAAUGACCAUGGAGAUACACCAUGGCUUACUGAGAUUGAGAAGAUCUUUGGCUUUCCUUCCCAUUAUACAGAUGUAGGAAACACAUCAUUGAAGGAAAGGCAAACAUUACUGGGACGGGCAUGGAGUGUACCAGUAAUUGAACACAUACUUCAGCCUCUUACAAAGUAUUACUUGGUUAAGACAGAAAAUGCCAUUGUAGAAAGGGAUGAUGAAAAAAUAAAUGAACCCAGAGAAAAGACUGACAUGAACAAGUUCUCGGUAGUUGAUACAGGGCAUGAGAUUUCACACAACUCCAGCACUGAAGCUGGAAAUUUAGAUGAAUGUCAUAUUGUAGGAGAAGAAAGGAGACAGAAGAUCAACAGGCCAGAAAUGAAAAAUGUAGAUUUUAGUAAGAAUUUAUUGUAUAAUCUUAGUCCUUUGAUUCCUGUCAGUGAAAACUGUCUAUCAGCAGGUAUAAAGAGAAAGAAGAAGUAUAGUAAAUCAGUGAUAAAGUGUAAAUGUGGACAAAGAGAGAGCUCUUCUGAUAUACCCAAGAAUACAAAGUUUGAUGGUAAAUUGGAAGGUAUUACAGCUACCGAGUUUGUAGACUUUUCAGGGUUUGGAGAAGAGCAAAAUGAGACAAAUGUGGCUGAAAGUGAUAAUGACCCAUUAUUUAUUUUGAUAAAAAGGCCUGUCUCAGACGCCUAA